GUAACGCCAACAUGGCAUGGAAUUUAUUGUGCCUGGGUUGAAGAAGAGAGCAUGAUAAGACUUUCUGCACUGAACAAAGAGAAUCAUGUCCUUUUUAUAGUGAUGGUGGGGGACAUUAAGCAGGAAGAUCCCAGUGAAUAUCUGUGGUUAAAUUGUUUUGGCAGUCUUGCAUCUUAGUGGACUGAGUCCUUUUGGAAAGUGUCCAUUGUAAAAUUUUGGGUGUCUCUAAGAUGUCUCCAGGACCUGCAGAAUUGCUUGCCCAUCUUAUUGCCUUUCCUGUGUUUGCCAGUGACAGCCUCAGUGCUGAGCUGAGUUCCCUGCAGAGAGUAGUGCUUCUGCUGGCAAGCAGACUGGCGGCUGGGAGAGUCAGGCCAGGUUGGAGACUUGCAGCUUUCAUACUUGGGAAUGUUUACCCUCAUCAUUCAGGUAUUACCUGGAGAAAAGUCUGAAGUUUGUCUGCGGGAGUUGGAAUAAUUGCUUUUCUUUUAUCUUUACUCUUUUGCAGACUGUUACUAUCUUGCGACCCCAAUGUCUUUAUUUACACAAAAAUUGAAUUCUUCUCAGGGGCCUUAUAUUCAUUUGCAUGGAUGAAAAUGGGUAGAUUGAAGGACAGUGUGAAAAUCUUGGCAGUGAAACCGACUGCCUCAUUUCCAACAGCAGGUCUUGCCUCUAUUCCAGUUUGUCCUAGGGAUACCCAGACUCAUGAUGUUUUCUAACAUCAGGAGAGUGACUCAUUCGUAGGACAUUCACCUUGAAACAUUUAUGACUCACUUUCAGGAAAAUUCCAGCGAGUACAUUAAGAAAACCAUGGAAGCUUUGAAAAACCAGGAUUAAAGCCUUUCAGUGCAAGCAUUCUUCAUUCGAGAUGAAAUUGUCAUCAUGGAAGAGAGACUGUACCACAACUUCCUGUGUUAGAAUUUAUCAUCUCAGCUCCACCCAAACUGGUAGACUUUUGCUCCUCAGGUUAAACUCAGCUGGAGGGCCCGUUAUGGAUCAGGAGCCAAUCAGCGAUGAAGGUGCGGUCUGUCCAAAGUACCCAAUCAGCUGGGCUGAGGGAGGAGGGCACUUCCUGUGUCAUGGCGCCAAACAACACUGCUUGAUUUCAUUACUGAGAACGCCCACCUGACUAGACCACACUUUUCGGUAACUUCUGCUGGCUGCAACCUGCAUUCGAAGGAUCCUUGGAGACUCUCACGCCACACAAUGGAGGCAGUGACCCUGGAGGAUGUAACUGUGAACUUCAGCAAGGAGGAGUGGGCUCUGCUGAAUCCAUCCCAAAAGAAGCUCUACAGAGAUGUGACUUGGGAAACAUUUAGGAAUAUAAAGGCUAUAGGAAGGACUUGGGACAACCAGCAAAUGGAAGAAGAAUACAGAAAUUGCCCAGGAAAUCUAAGAAAUGUAGAAGCAUUAAAAUACCAUCAAUAUACAACUUGUGAUCAGUAUGAAAACAUAUUCAAUUGGACUCCAGAUACUACUGUGAACAAUCGACAUGCUACUUCAAUGCCAGCUAGAAGUCUUGUUUGUAGAGAGCCUCUGGUUGGGCAUUUAUCAAUAAAUGUGCCCAUUUUACAUCACACUGGGGAGAAACCACAUGAGUAUUUUGGAGUUGAUGACAAGCUGAAUAAAUGUAAUGAACAUGGAAAAACUUGCAGUGAUUUCCAGUCCUUUCAGAAGCAUGAAAGGACAGAGACUGGAGAGAAACCCAAUCAAUAUGAACAAUGUGAGAAAUCCUAUUCUGAAUUUAGUGAAAAUACUCACUCUGGAGAGAAGACUAUUGCUGGUGAGAAAAGUGUCAAAGCCUCCAGCACCCUUAGUGGUUUUCAAAUGCAUGAAGGAAUUCUCAUGGGGACAGAACCAUAUGUAUGCAAGCAAUAUGAAAAUACUUUCAAUUCUCAAAGUUGUAAAAUUCUUGAAAGGAUUCAUAUGGAGGAGAAAUCCUACGUAUGUAAGCAAAGUGGAAGUGCAUUCCAAUCACACAGUUGCUGCCAAAGAUCUGAAAGAAUUUGCACUGGGGUGAAACCCUAUAUAUGUAUGCAAUGUGGGAAAUCAUGUAGUACCUACAGUCAAUGUCAAAGCCAUGAAAGUAAUCACAAUGGGGAGAAACCUUAUGCAUAUAAUCAAUGUAGGAAAGCUUUCAACAGACAUAUUUAUUGUGAAAUAUUGGAAAGAAAUCAAAGUUCAAAGAAACCUUAUGUGUGCAAGCAAUGUGGAAAGACAUUCAGUACAAAGACUUAUUCUAACAUACAUGAAAAAAUUCACACUGGGGAGAACCCUUAUGUGUGCAAGCACUGUGGGAAGGCAUUUACUACACUCCAGUCCUGUCAAAGACAUAAAAUAACUCACACUGGAGAGAAACCUUAUGUGUGCAAGCAAUGUGGAAAAGCAUUCAGUACAAAGACUUACUCUAAUAUACAUGAAAAAAUCCACAGUGGGGAGAGCCCUUAUGUGUGCAAGUACUGUAGGAAGGCAUUCACUACACUCCAAUCUUGUCAACGACAUGAAAGAACUCACACUGGGGAGAAACCUUAUGUGUGUAAGCAAUGCGGGAAAGCAUUCAGUACAAAGACUUAUUCUAAUAUACACGAAAGAAUUCACACUGGGGAGAAACCUUAUGUCUGCAAGCAAUGUGGGAAGGCAUUUGCUACAUAUGGAUCUUGUCAAAUGCAUGAAAAAACUCACACAGGGGUGAAACCUCAUGUGUGCAACCAGUGUGGGAAGGCAUUUACUACACACAAAGAGUGUCAAAUACAUGAAAGAAUUCAUACUGGGGAAAAACCUUAUGUUUGCAAGCAAUGCGGAAGAGCAUUUACCAUGAGGAGUACUUAUAAAAGACAUGAAAGAACUCACACUGGUGAGAAACCUUAUGUAUGUAAGCAAUGUGGGAAGGCAUUCACUACAAAAGAUUAUUAUAAACUACAUGAAAACUUUCACACUGGGGAGAAACCUUAUGUGUGCAAGCAGUGUGGGAAGGCAUUCACUAAACACCAAUCUUGUCAAGUACAUGAAAGAACUCACACUGGGGAGAAACCUUAUGUUUGCAAGGAAUGUGGGAAGGCAUUCACUACACACCGAUCUCGUCAAGUACAUGAAAGAACACACACUGGUGAGAAACCUUACGUUUGCAAGCAAUGUGGGAAGGCAUUCACUACAAAGGGUUAUUAUAAACUACAUGAAAAUUUUCACACUGGGGAGAAACCUUAUGUCUGCAAGCAAUGUGGGAAGGCAUUCACUACACACCAAUCUUGUCAAAUACAUGAAAAAAUCCACACUGGGGAGAAACCUUUUGUGUGCAAGGAAUGUGGAAAGGCAUUUACUACACAUCGAUCUUGUCAAAUACAUGAAAGAACUCAUAGUGGGGAAAAACUUUAUGUGUGCAAGCAAUGUGGAAAGGCAUUUGCUACACUCCAGUCUUGUCAAGUACAUGAAAGAACUCAUACUGAUGAGAAAAUGUAGGUGUGUAAGCAAUGUGGUGAGGCAUUCGGUACAAACUUAUGUCAAAGACAUAAAAGAACUCAGUGUAAGAACUGUGUACAAGCAAUGUGGAAGAGCAUUCACUAUAAAAUGUCAUACAAUAUGUGAAUAAAGUCAUGCAGGGUAGAAAACUUAAUGUGUGCAAGAAAUUUGGAAUGACAAUCACUGCAUAGAAUUCUUAUACUUGAAAGAAAUAACACAAGAGAGAAACCUCAUGUGCAAGCAGUGUAGGAAGCUAUUUACUAUAAGGAGUUCAUAUACAUGAAAGAACUCACAGGGGAGAAACCAUAUGCAUGUGAGCCUUGUGGAAAAAGAUUUGCUUAUAUAUAUAUAUAUAUAUAUAUAUAUAUAUAUAAUUCUCAUACUGGAGAAGAACCCUAGGUGUAUGAACAAUGUGAGAGAAGCAUUCAUUGAACACAUUUUUUAUCAACUCAAUGAAAAAUGGCACACUGGAGAGUGACCCUGUAUAUGCAAGCCUAUUUUCCAAACUUGUGGAAAUACAUCACAUGAUGGAAACCUGUGCACAUGUAAAUGAAAAACAUAUGAAUAUAGGUUUUCCAGAAAAUACACUUCUAGUGUACUUUUCAUUUCCAAGUAGGGUUAGUAUUUAUACAGUUUUGAUUGUUUUGUUUUUACUAUAAGGAGGUAUAGGCUGCUAAAAAUAAAUUUUAUUAAUAGUUUUUUAAUUGGGAUUUCUUACUAGCUUUGUAAUUUUCUUGGUAUAUAUAUUUCAUAUUCUGUCUACAAAAAGAUAAUUUUGAAUUUGAUGUAUAUUAAAUGUGUGCAUAUUUAGAGACAUGGAGCGUGUUUUUUUUUUUUUAAAAUUCCUUUACACACAAAUUAUAGAUCAGCAAAUAUUGUGUUUUUUAUGUCCUUACUUGAUACCUGCAUAUAUCUCAAUAUAGUUAUGUCAUGUAAAGCAAAUAACUUCACCUAUUUUGCUUUCAUAUUGAAGUGUGUAAUAUGAUUUACCUAAAAUUUUGUGUUCUCACCAUUAACAUUUUACUUUUCUUAUAUUGUUAUGACUUUUGGUGGUGGUUUUACAAAAGUUUACACAAAAAUAUAAAUCAUACUGCUGUGAGUUUUUGAAUGUGACACAUCAGAUAGACCAUGCCUUGUCUAAUAAAUAAUAUCAUGAAUUAUAA